AUGAGCAACUCUUAUGAGCAAUUGAAGAAAAUUACGGAAGAUCGGCACAGUGUACGCGCUUUUGAUGGAAAGCCAAUUGAAGACGGUGUCUUGGAGGAAAUCCUUGGAUACUCUCUCAGAUGUCCAACUUCGCUGAACCUCCAACCGUACAAGCUCAUCGUGGUGCGCAAUAAGGAAAAGUUGGAGGAUCUCGCUACAGGAAUGGAUGCUGGCAACGAUCAUGCUGUGAGAUCCAGCUCAGCGACAAUUCUCGUUCUGUCAGACCUUAGUUUGUCAGUUUGCAGGGUGUUAUUUGUAGAUCCAGAGAAGGACGCUCCCACCGGUAUGGGUCUCCUCCUUCUUACGUACUACACGAACACCAUUUUGAAUGUUCUCUUUGGCUGGAUUUUUGAUCUAUUCUUUUCCUUCCUUCGCUUGUUCAGAACUUCUCCCCGCCGAUUCUCUCGUGAAGCGUGGUCUUUCCAGCAGUGUGGCUUUAUGAUUCAAAACUUGAUUCUUCUUGCAAAGAGCAAGGGAAUCGACUCGCUUAUCAUGGAAGGGUUUACCGAAGACAAGGUUCGUCAGAUCAUGAAGAUUCCUAAGAGAUAUCAGAUCGCAUCGAUUGUUUCCUUUGGGUACAAGGCGCGCAAUGCUGUUGUAAAAGGUCGUGUUCGAUAG